AUGAGUAAAAUAAAAGAAAAAAGAACCAGUUUGAGUCCCAAAAAGUUAGAUAUUGCCUUGGCAAUAAAACAGUGUACAGAGGGAUCGCCUGAACUUUACUACAAACUUAUGAAACAAUUAAGUCAAGAUGUUCCGGUGAAUAUUUUGAAAGUUUACCUCAAAGAAUUUGCUGAAUGUGUUACUCUUUUAGAUCAACGUUUUUAUGACUUUGUCAGAGUUAUUCUGAACUUAAACUGGUACACAAGUGAAUCGUUAUGCAAGGAAUAUUUUGAUUUUGUUGUCAGUUUGAGCAUUGCACACCCUGUACAUUUAACAAAUGUGUUAACAGCCUUGGUGCAGAGGUUCAAACCAAGUAUUGAUCCACUGCAAGCAACUAUUAUUCAGCAAAAACAGCAUUUAGUAAUUUGUAGCCAUGUACAAGCUGCUUUGAAGGCUAUCCAGAAGCGUGUGCCCAUGAUGCAAAAUACUCUGAUGAACAUUAUUGUAAAACAAUUUCCAUAUUUCAAGAAUGAUAUCUUCCAAGUUGAAUGUUAUGUCCGGAAUUUACUUCAAUUGACUUUAUUCAUGCCAACAUAUCGUUUGAAAAUCUUGGAGCUGAUCAUUUCCAAAAUGACAGCAUUUGAUGUUUCUUGUCCUCGACAUAUUAUUAUUGAGGCUGAGAAAGAAGAUGAAGCUUCAGAUUUUGUGUUUGAAAUGGAUUUUGAAAAGACAAAUGAAGACCUUAAACCUUUGCUGAAACUUCCAGAGGCUGAAGUUUUGGAUAUUCUUAUGAGUCUUCUUUUAACCUAUGUAACAAAUACCAUUUAUCAAAAUUUUGAUAAUACUGAUGCCACAGAUUUAAAAUUGGAUUGGUCAAGUUGCAAAAGAUUAUUCAGAGAAUUGCUUUUAGUAUUUGAAACUAUUAUCUUACCAACUCAUGCCACCUGUCAUAUCCAGUUCAUUUUCUUCUACAUCUGUAAAUAUAAUGUUCAAUUGUGUGAUGGUUUUCUGGAUUUCCUUUGGAAGAAAUUUUACAAUCCUAACACUAAUACUGUAUUCAGACAAGCUUGUGCUUCUUAUCUUGGAAGUUUUCUGGCAAGGUCGAGGUAUCUGCCUACCAGCUCAAUGAUAAUGUGCCUUGAUGAAUUUUGCAAUUGGAUACAUUACUACAUUGAUUUAGUGAUAAUACCAAAAGAUAAAAAGCCUAAUUUAUUUAUUUCUCAUGGCUCUUUCUAUUAUUUAUGCCAAGCAGUUUUUUAUGUGUUUGUGUUUCGACACAGAGACAUUUUUGAAUCUGCUAAAGGUUUUAAUCGUGUCAGCACUUGGAAUUUCCAGCAUAUUGUCACAUGUCAUUUAAAUCCUCUCAAAUUUUGUGCACCACAUUUAGUAGAAAAGUUUGCCAGUAUCACAAGGCUUUAUCAGAUCGCCAUGUGUGACACUAUAAUUGAAAGAAACCGACGAGAAGUUUUUGAUCAUGAGUUUCUUGAAGUUUUUACUGCAGAGAAGAAAAACAAUUUGGAUUUUUUCUUUCCUUUUGAUCCCUGUGUAUUACCAAGAACAAAUAAGUUUUUGAAGCCUCUUUUUCGUGAAUAUGAUAGUGCUGAAAGUAAUGGUGAUGUGGCUGCUGUACAAGUGAUGAAUGAUGAUGAAGUUGAUUUUCUUCCCCCUGAAUCCUGUGAUCCAAUGCAAAGUAUAUUAAAUGAAGAUGAACUGUCAUGCCAUAAAGUUACAAAUAGCAUGGCCCGUGUUUCCAGUAAAAGUGAAAGGAUAUCACAGCCAUUAUUUGGUGAAAAAAAUGAACUAAUUGAAGAAAUGAUGGCAAGUUUAUGA